AUGCCUGUCACCAGGUCGGAGAAGCUACGAGGUGCCGCCGCCGCGGCUAACGCCGCCGCCGCAGGGAGAAUUACGUCGUCGCCGGUUCAUGAAGGAAGUACUCCGACGGAAACCACGGAUACUUCAUCAACGCUGACCCCGUAUCCCGCCGGGGGCGCGUCCUCACCGCGCAUCGCCAGGGACCACGCCGCGCCGGCUGUUAGCACCCGGGUUAUGGGAGAGCCCGGCGUGCAUUUGGGAAGAGGGGAACCAGCACCGCGCUCCUCCACAGAGCAGAUAACCGCCGACGUCACGAAGCCACACGAAGCACUAAGGGCCCGUAUCGCGGAAGCAGAGAAGAGACGUGCCGCCGCCGCCGCCGCCGCCGCCGCCGCCGCCGCCGCCUCCACGCCCACCGCGGCCAAUGUUGCCGCCGCCUCUGCCGCCGCCGCGACUCCCGCGACUACGGUGACCACCGUGCCGACUGUUGAAGGACAGUACGCGCCACCCACGCCGCAAGUGCAUGAACAAACGCCGCGACUGUCACGAGUGAAUCAAGACACGCGCUCCGUCCGCUCGUCAAGAAGAAGGGCAGAAAUAGAGGCCAAAUUAAGAGUGGCCCGCCAGGAACUGGAAGUUGCCAAAGCGGAAUUGGAGUUGGCCCAAUUGGAUUCCGACAUGGAAGAGGAUCCAGAAGAAGUGCAGUACAGGCAAAUGCAGAACGAAGAUUGGUCGGACCACUUGAGCAUCAUCGCCGAGAAGGUACCGCCGAAACCACAGCCGCUACAGCCGCCGCCGACCGCCGCGCCGCUGCCGCCGCCGCCACAAGUUCUACCGCUGCCGUCGCCGCCGCCGCCGCAAGUGUUGCCGCCGUUCCCGCCGCAAGUGUUGCCGCCACCGCCGCCGUCGCAGCCACUACCUUCGGAAGGGAGGACCGAUAUUCAAGAAUUGGCCAUGGCCAUCACCAAGCUGUCACAGAGGGCAGAAGGUGGCCUCACAAGACAACUGGUCGACCUCCCAAGUUUCAAUGGCGCAUGUGAAGAAUGGCUCGCGUUCAGAAGGUCAUAUGAAGACACCGCGCGCUCCUUCACGCCGGCACAAAAUUUGGCGCGACUACGAAGGUGUCUCCAGGGGCACGCGAGGGAGGCAGUCAAGAGCCUCCUGUUCACCGCCGAGGAUCCGGAAGAGCUGAUGAAGAGCCUGGAGGUCCGGUUCGGCAGACCUGGAGCCAUAGCCCUGGCGGAGUUAAAGAAGAUGGAAAGGCUGCCAAGGGUCAACGAGUCAUCAGGGGAGAUCUGCAUGUUUGCCAGCCGAGUCCGCAACACCGUGGCCACCAUCAGGGCACUCGGCAAAACGGAAUAUUUGUGCGCACCGGGGGCCGUGGAGUGUCUUUUUGAGAAGAUGCCGCCGACCAUGAAGUCUCGGUGGCUGAUGUACCAACGUGAGCGCCGGGCAGAGGGAAAACCAGCGCUCGAACUUAUGUACGACUUCAUGGAAGUUGAAGCAGAUAUGAACAGCGACUACGCUCCCCCGGAAGUGUCCUGGGACCAGAAGAGAAAUAUGUUCAAGAGGCCGGUUCACCAUGUCCAACAAACAGAAGGACGCCGUGAAGAACCGAAGACUGACGCGAAGAAGUGCCCAGAAUGCCGAGAAGAUCACUGGCUGUACGAGUGCAAGAGGUACAGGGAAUCCAGUGUAGACGGAAAAUGGGAAAUGGCAAAGAAGGCAAGAAUGUGUUUCAAAUGCCUGCGCUUCAAGCACGCAAGGAACACAUGCCGGGCACAGCCGUGCAAGAAGUGCACGAGGUGUCAUCACACCAGUCUUCACUCGGAGAAGUCCGCAGCAACGAAGACUCAAGAGAAGCCCGUCAAAGGAGUUGUGUCGUCGGUGCACACCACGAGCUGCGGAAAGGCCUACUUGAAGAUGACGCCGGUAAACCUCUACGGGCCCAAAGGGACGGCAAAAGUGCUCGCGCUCCUGGACGAAGGGUCCACCGUCACGCUGCUGGACUCAUCAGUAGCAAAGAAGAUUGGGGCGCAAGGGAAGCCGGAAGCCAUCUCCAUCGAGAUGGUCGGGGGGAACGGAAUGGUGAAGAGCAACUCUCAGAAGAUCAACAUGAAGAUCAAGGGGGUCCAUUGUAGAAAUAAACUCAACAUGGAAGCGAGAACAAUCGACAACUUGAAGUUGACGAAGCAAGGUGUCGAAGAAGGAAUGCUUCAGAACUGGAAACACCUGAAGAAAAUUAGGAAGAAGCUGGUCUACGACAAAGAAGUACCUAGACUUCUGAUUGGGCAAGACAAUUGGGGGCUGAUAGUCACACGGAGACUACGCAGAGGGAAGGCCUCCGAACCAGUUGCCUCUUUGACCAGCCUUGGAUGGGUUCUGCAUGGAUGCAACACUGGAAGAAGUGAUCCAGUGAAGUUAGUGCCCCACAGCAGAUUAGUGGAAGAUGGAACGGAAGCCUUGGUUCACCAACACUUCGAGAAAGAGGACAUCGGAGUGGAACCACGUCGGCCAUGCAACGACGCCGACAAACGGGCUCGCAGUGUCCUGAAGAAGACCAGCAGAGGGCAUCAGGCACAUCAGCGUCUCAUCAAGAGGAAGUUGGAAAAAGAUCCAGCGUUGAAGACUUUGAAGAAAGAUCGCUUCGAGAUGAAGGAUGAAUACACCGGAGAGGAGAAGAAUUCUCAAGUUGUUGCCACAUUAAAGGUAACACCAGAAGUCACUCCGGACCCGAAGAGAUUCUCCGAUUGGACUCAACUGCUACCUCAUCGGGAAGGCAAACUGGAGGACAACGCAGCGCUUCUGGCAAAGAUGGCUAAAAGAGUACCUGCCAACUUUGAUGCCAAGGAAGAUAGCCGGACGGGAGACAGAAGACCCUUAAGUCGGCAACGUCGCCUUGAGAUUCGACGCAACGCCACCAAGAAACUCUUGGCCACGAAGGAGAGUACAGCGGGUAUACCCUGGUCCGGACGGAAGAGUACGAGUCCUCGACGUGCGAACACCCGGAGGAGUGCUACGGCGACCGAAGCGACGAGUGGCAGUUCUGGUUCCUACCAAGACGUCGCAUCCAGAAGAGGGAGUGCUUCGCACUGCGGGGGAGAUUGUUAG